CGCGGCCCCGGCUCCGCGGCUCGCAGCGCGAUUCUGAGGAGCCCGGGCGGGGGGGCCGAGGAGGGGGAGGAGGGAGCGGAGAUCUGGGGCUCGGAGCCGGCCGCCGCUCCGCUCCGACCGCUGUGGGGCUCGGUGUGUCGGGGGUGGGGGGGCGGGGGGGCUCCGCUAUGGAGGCAAAUGGGAGCCAAGGCACCUCGGGCAGCGCCAACGACUCCCAGCACGACCCCGGUAAAAUGUUUAUCGGUGGACUGAGCUGGCAGACCUCACCAGAUAGCCUUAGAGACUACUUUAGCAAAUUUGGAGAAAUUAGAGAAUGUAUGGUCAUGAGAGAUCCCACUACGAAACGCUCCAGAGGCUUCGGUUUCGUCACGUUCGCAGAUCCAGCAAGUGUAGAUAAAGUACUAGGUCAGCCCCACCAUGAGUUAGAUUCCAAGACGAUUGACCCCAAAGUUGCAUUUCCUCGUAGAGCGCAACCCAAGAUGGUCACAAGAACAAAGAAAAUAUUUGUAGGCGGAUUAUCUGCGAACACAGUAGUGGAAGAUGUAAAGCAGUAUUUUGAGCAGUUUGGCAAGGUGGAAGAUGCGAUGCUGAUGUUUGAUAAAACCACCAACAGGCACAGAGGGUUUGGCUUUGUCACUUUUGAGAAUGAAGAUGUUGUGGAGAAAGUCUGUGAGAUUCAUUUCCAUGAAAUCAAUAAUAAAAUGGUAGAAUGUAAGAAAGCUCAGCCGAAGGAAGUCAUGUUCCCACCUGGGACAAGAGGCCGGGCCCGGGGGCUGCCUUACACCAUGGACGCGUUCAUGCUCGGCAUGGGGAUGCUGGGCUACCCCAACUUUGUGGCAACCUAUGGCCGGGGCUACCCUGGAUUCGCUCCCAGUUAUGGCUAUCAGUUCCCAGGCUUCCCAGCAGCAGCUUAUGGACCAGUGGCGGCGGCAGCAGUGGCGGCGGCACGAGGAUCAGUCCUGAAUAGCUACAGUGCUCAACCGAAUUUUGGCGCGCCCGCUUCCCCGGCAGGCUCCAACCCGGCGCGGCCCGGAGGCUUCCCGGGGGCCAACAGCCCAGGACCUGUCGCUGAUCUCUACGGCCCUGCCAGCCAGGACUCCGGAGUGGGGAAUUACAUAAGCGCGGCCAGCCCACAGCCGGGCUCGGGCUUCGGCCACGGCAUAGCUGGACCUUUGAUUGCAACGGCCUUUACAAAUGGAUACCAUUGAGCAGGUGCUUUCGUUGCCAUCUCACUCUGAGAGCAUACCUGGAUGUCCAGGCAAGACUGGGCGAAGUUUCUGAGUGGCCCUUUGUUUAGGUGAUGUCCUCAGACCUGGAUCCCCACCAGCCUCACUCCUCAUCCCAGCGAGAGAUGGCUCACUUCAGCUCGAGGGUUGACUACAUCUCUUCAUCUCACGAAUCUGCUGUAAUAUAAGACAACAGCUUUUAAAUGUAUAUAUAACCCAUGAUUUCGGUUUCGUUUUGUUUCUCUUGAUGGCUCCCCUUCCCCCGCUCUCUUCUCCUUCUCCUUUUAAAUCUCUUUGAAUCACAUUUGAUAGUGAUUUUGACUUAGUCCAGUAGUCACCUAGCUUUAAUAUCUAGUUAAAAGCUAACCAUAGUAUAAUUGUUACAUUAAGGAGUUGUUUUUUCUUUAAUUUUUUUUUUAUUUUGGUGAUUUUGAUUCUGUUCUCGCUUUUAAAGGAUGCUGAGAUGGUGAUGUUGCUCUCCAUAUUUUGGUAUCAGUUCUGAGACUAAUGAAUUUUCAGGUGGAACUUUAGCACACCCUGAAGUUGUGAAGUGCAGGGAGGGAGAUGGGCAUAAACUUUCUAUUUUGUGUUGUAGAGCAAGUGAUAUGUAGUAGGCUAAUUAACAGACUAGCGGUUCUUUUUUGUGCUGUCUCUUUGUUAACCUAAGUAUCUCUAUUUUCGGCAAUAAGGUAAGGACGACCAUGUUUUGAGCGUCCUCCUUUUCUAUAAGUGCUUUUUUUCUGUUGAAAGAGGUCAUAUUAUAAGGUUUUUUGAAAUUGUGAAUUCUAAAAAAAAAAAAAAACAAAAAGCAAAAAAACAAAAAAAAGAGAGAAGAAAUGUUGUAAAUACAAUUCCAUUAACUUCAUAGAAACUAUUAAGAAAGAGAGAAUCAAUAUUUUUGUGAGGGAGUCGGUCCCAGGCCGUUCAAUGCUGUGGAAGGAGGGGAGGGCGGGCAGACAAAGUCCGGGACUGCGGCUGAGCGACACCGGCUGCCGGGACGACCCCAGGACACGGUAGAGCACUGUGCCGCGCCUGAGCGCGACAGACCUAAGAACUGUACUAGUAUCCUACCAGCCUACCAACCUCUCGUCUGCACAGCUUCAGAUGUUACCGUCUAGCUAGAUUUUUAUUUAAAAUAUGAAAAACUGCUUUUCCCAAGACGUUUUUUAAAAAAAAAAAAGCUACAAUUUUAAUAUUUAACAUAUUUAAAGUUUCAAAGCACACCUGUUUGGCUUGGGGGGGCAGGAAGGGGGACAUUCUUUUUCAGUCUUAAUUUUUAAAUAUUUGAUCAUUUUCUAUCGUCCAAUCAUUUCAGCGCCUCCAAAGGUUUCUAGAACACUCUUGCCUCUUUCCUCCCGUCCCCCGUCCCAGCCCCAGACCUGGGGACCCACGGGCCAGAAGUGGAUAAGCCUGCAUGAACACAACCUUUUCUUCAUUCACUUUCUAUUUACAAAUUAGGAAAGCAACCUUUCGGUUUAUAUAUAUAUUUUUUUUAAUACCUCAGUGCUGCAAGUAUCACCAGAGAGGCUAUGGAAGAUUUUUUUUUUUAAUUUAUUGUAGAUGUAAACAGAAUUUUAAAAAUAAAAAGUAUAAACAUCACUGCACUGUGACUGGUGGGAAAAACUGACACUUUCCUAUUUGCACAUGUUUAACAUUUGGCUAUUAUAAUGUAGGGGCCUCGGUUGGGGAAAGACAACUUAUGAUGAAGGAUAUUUUUUAAUUUAACUUUUUUUAAAUAUUGGUAAUAGGUCGGCAACAGCAACCAUAGAAGUACAACGCAAUAGAUGGCAUUAAAACAUAUUGUAGUGUGGAGAUAUAUUUUUUUUCUUUUUUUAAAAUGUGAUAUUGACGUUUUAUUAAUAUUUUUUAAAUUGUUACGUUUAUAAAUUUGGUACUUAAGGCACAGCCAGUAUGAGACACUGAAUGCGACAUUUAUUAUAAAGAGCUGCUGCUCUCCUAUUUUUAUAAAUUUUACUAACAAAGUAGUCUAAUAUAGACGCUCACAGACAUGGUAGGGUAAAACGCAUCUUCAAGCUAAAGACUCCAAAAUGCUAACUCAGAAAGAAAGAAGAAGAGUCUUUUUCAAUUCUAGUUAAACUGCAACAAUUUUUUUUUUUUUUUUAAAUCAUGUUCUUUGGUUUUCCAGUAAAAUGUUAGGUUAUUUGGUGAGAUUUGGUUUUUUUUUUUUUUUUUUUUUUUUUUUCCUCUUGUUUGUUUGUUUUUUUAAUUAUGAAUUUCCAGACAACCAAGUUAAGAAAAAUGCUGGACGCUUUUAAAAUAUCAGAACCUGUUCAAGUCAUGAAAGUAACAAAAUAAAAGUCUUACUUAAAAAAAUAAAUAAAUAAAUAAAUAAAUUUUUUUAAAAAAACAAAAGAAAAAAAGAGACAGUAAAUUCCCAGAAAUUCAGUGUCUAGCUAGGAGAUUUAAUUACUCUUCUGUCCAUGUUGGUGAUGUACUGUAGCCCCCGUUCCUCCACAUCCCAGUCGCCUCAUAGAAGAUUCUUGGUUGAUCAUUGUCUGUUAAUAAUGUAUAAAAUGGCUAUCUUGUAAGUGUGCUGUCCUGGUACUAGUGUAGUGACUUUUUUUCUCCUCUUUCUUCUAGUACAUAUUGAUAGGUAUAACGUAAUUAAGGUUUUAAAAAAAUUAGACAUAGUUAUUCAGAUUUAGGACCAGUAAGGAUAGAACUUUCUCUUAUUUAUGAAAAGAAACAAAAAUGCUAAUAAUUUUGGGGCAGUUUUUUGUUUUCCUUUAAUUUUUUUUCUUUCAAUUUGAAGUUUAUGUUUAUUUUUUUGCUGAUCUGAUGUGGUUUCAACUAACCCAAGGCCUCACGAUGUUCAAAUGCCGGCCGACUGCGGCGUUUUGUAGAUCCCCGCCCCCCUCUCUGUGAAGGGGUGUGCCAUACUACCUUAAAUGCUAAUGCUAGAUAUGCAAAACUGGAUUUUUUUAAUUUAUUUUUUAAAAGAGGGAGGCAUGGUAUAUUAAAAUGAUUUUACUAAGAGAAAAAAAUAUUUUUUUAAGAAUGCUCAGAAGAAAUUGAUAAUCUGUGUGAAUAUGUUUUAGAUGUUUAUAUACCUUUUGAAGAGACCCAGUAGCCCAUAGCACAAAUCUCGUGGAAAUCUGAUAUGUUUUAAUGUGGCUACCUAAGUUAAGGUUCACGUUAGUCCCCUCCACCUCAUCUAGAAGUCCAUUUUGAACAAUUUUUGUAAAUUUUUUUAGCAUUGUCCAGCCUUGUCUUUGUUUCAGUUAAGCUCAAUGGUAACCUGGAAACCACCUUUCGCCUUCGCUGGGGCAGAAAGCCUCCCAGCUGAUGGCUCUUCCCCACCAUACUGCAUGGCCUCCUGGGGACUCUGGCUUCCAGAUCCAUUUGCCUGAGACCCCUGAACUCCUCUCCUCCCUGGCAGGGGAGAGUGAGUGGCAGAAGCUCCUGGGCUCCUGCUAGGUUCUGCCUGGACACGGGGCUGAGGGAAGUGACCAGGCCUGCCUCUCCUCUCCAGGAGCCUCCGCAGAGGUGGUUCGUGGCCUUCCUCACACCCAUUGGGAAAACCAAAUAGCCUCGCGCCCGAUCCCAGGGACCCAUUGGCUUGAUUCAAACGAAGCCCCAACAGGCCUUUACGUUUUUAUCCUUCAUGACCAUCAUCUUAAUUUGAACUUGUAGCUUGGGCUUUAAGGUAGCAUGGCUCAAUUGCUGUCGACUUACUGUUUCACUCCACAGCAAUUCACAGCCCGUGAAUGUUACACACAUCUUGCUAGACUAGUAUAAAAAUCAUUGGGUAAUUGUUGGUUCUAAUGACCUGAAAGGUGUUCAGUUUUGGUUUUUUUUGGUUUUGUUUUUGAGAUUUUUUUUUUCAGGGAGCGGGGGGGUCUUCUCUUGGUUCUUUUUCAUUUGGGGAGUUUGGAAAAACAAUUUAUUUUUGGUUCCAAAUAGAAAAACAAAAUCUAUUUUGAUCUUUUAGUGCAAACGAGGGCUAGGGACUUAGCCUCCACCGCCACAUGCUUCAUUCUGCCGUUCACUCACUGCAGCGUAUUUCAAGACUAAAGCAAUAUAGUUUACUACAUUUUUUUAAUUGAAGGUCAGCCAUGCUUUCUGUAUUAUAUUGCAUAUGAAAUUGUUUACAAAAGAAACACUAAUUCAUAUUUCUCUUUAUCAGUUGCAAGUGACACACAGGAACAGAGGGAGACUGGGGGUAGGUAGGGGAGGGGAGAAUUUUUUUUUUUUUCUUGAAUGUGCUUCAGCAGCCAGGGCAUCUUCUAAGAAAGGCAAAAGCUAGAGAGGAGACAGAGGGUAGAAAAAUAAGGACAGGCUGCUUUUGGGCACAUUGAACAGAGACACUGGUGAUUUUCCCCACCCUCACCCUAGAGCAGAAAACAAGCAGACGUUAGCUCAGCCCAGGCCUGGGCGCAGACACUACACAAAGCGAUGCUGGAAAGUUAAGCAAUACUUUAAUACUGUCAUAUGUUCGUUUUCUUUUUCUUUCUUUCCUUUAGUCUGUCACCAAAAAAAAAAAAAAAAAGAAAAAAAGAAAAAAAGUGAAUAAAAUAAAAUACAAAAGCAUAUAAAGUAAACCCACCCCUCAGGGGGAAACAACCUUUAUCCAAACACUUGGCUAUCUAAUAAUCAGAAUGUAUUGUCUCAGACAGGAUUUCGUUUCCGGGAGUGGGGUGGAGGGGGCGGGGAACGGGGACUGAGAGACAAAAGUUCCAGAGCCUCCGCGGAAGGCUCCUACUACUGUAUUCUGUACAUACUGUACCAUCCGUGUGGAGUCUGUGAGUGUGCUCUUGUGUAGCGUGGGCUAGCCAAUCUGCCGUUCACGGUGUGUUGUAAACUCGGAAUUCCAUAUGUAAUAGGAUGCAAGUCUAAGCGUUUCAUGUGGACAUAAAUGUAUCUAAAUAAAACUUUCCCUAGCACUGUG